UAUGCAGCUGGUGUUAAGCUGGGCUCAGGUUUCAUUGGGCCCUGUCUGGCCUGAGCUCACUUUUUUCAUCCCCCCAGCCUGUGAUGUAAAGUAGCUUUGCGCAAUGCCGCUGCAGACAUGUAGAAAGGGUCCUCUGGUAGAAAGGGCAUAAAUCCACCUGCAGUCACACCACCUCAGAGGGAAGAGGUACAGUGGGGAGCUCACCUGAGAGGUAACAGUGUCAGCGGGGCAACGGAAGGGCAACACACACCAGGACAGAGGCAAUUUUUCUUUCAGCAGACACCGGGGAGGCAAUUUUCCAACAUGAAUCUGGUAGCAGAUCUUCUCUGUUUGUUGGCUUGCCUUGCCCUGGUGACUUGUGACAGGGUCUAUGUCCACCCUUUCAAUUUGUUUUCUUUCAACGAAAGUGACUGUGACAAGCCGGAAAAACUGGUUCAGGAGGGAAAGACGAAAACUAUUAUCCCUGUCUCCAUUGAGUCUCAAACCACACCUGCCUACGAAGAUGACCUGAGUGACAAGGACAAGUUGGAAACCCCGAGCCUAAAUGGCUGGGGGAAGGAGGAACCGGGCUACCUGAAGGACUUGGUGUACAUCCUGGGGGUGCGGUUUUACGACGUGCUGCGGAAAGCACAGCAGGGCCAAAAUGUGCUUCUGUCCCCAACCAGUCUUUACAGCUCCUUGGUGUCUUUCUACCUGGGUGCCUCAAACCAAACAGCACUUGAUUUGCAGGGUUUGCUGGGACUUGUUCCCCCCUCUGGAAACCCUGACUGCACUUCCAGGGCAGUCGGCAGCAAUUUCCUUUCCAGCCUGAGGACAAUCGAAAGCCUCGUGAAGAGCAAGGAUGAGGAGCUGCUCUUUUCCAAGACACUCUGCCUGUUCUCUGCCCCUGGAAUACCUCUAUUUGAACUGUUCAUGCAGGACUUGCUCCACUCUGCUGAUGCUUUCUACGCCCGAGCUGUUGACUUCACAAAUCCAAGUGAGGCAGCGAAACAAAUAAGUGCCUUUGUGGAGGCCAAAAGCGAGGGCCAAAGCAAGUGCUUACUGACAGACAUCGAUCCCUCUGCAGACCUGCUGUUUGCGGUGGACGUCCACUUGGCAGUGAAUGUUAAGCAAGCCUUCCAGCUCAAAGAGCCUCAGGAGUUCUGGGUGGAUUCAAACACAAAUGUCAUGGUCCCUAUGUUGUCCAUCACGGGGACAUUCCAGUACAAAACUGAUGCCAGUGGGACUUUCUCUGUGGUGGAAGUCCCUAUCGGCAAGACGGCACUGCUGGUGCUGCUGCAGCCCACCAACGGCAGUGACUUGGAGCACAUGGAGUCCGAGCUGACGGGGCAGUCCUCAGCCUGGCUUCAGCGGCUGUCCCCAAGAGAAAUUAAAUUAACGCUGCCGGUGCUAACAAUAGAAGACAGCACUGAUCUACAGGAGCUUCUUGCAGAUAUGAAACUGCCUGCACUGCUGGGGAAGGGGGCAGAUUUCAGUAAAAUAAGCAACACCAGUCUAACAAUUGGAAAGGUAUUAAAUAACGCCUUUUUCAAACUGACUGGUGAGGAAACAGAUCAGGCAGAAGAUCCUGCAGCACAGAAGGAAGAUGGGGUGUACCUGGAUAUAAAGCUGAACAAGCCGUUCCUUUUUGCUGUUUUGGAAAAGAAGUCAAGGGCAAUGCUUCUCCUUGGCAGAGUAGCAAACCCUCUGCAUGAGGUUUAAAUGCAAACACGGGGGAUAAGAAAGGAAGGGAAUGAUACCAUUUCCCAUCACUGUUUUCUUAUUCAUCAGCUGUUUUUGUGAUGUUGCUGAGUGCUCUACUUAGAGGUGAAGCAGUUAGUGUUUGAAAUACAGCUUUUUGAAAGCUAACACAUUGCAACAUUUCAUCCUCAUUCACAAGUUUCAUGUGAGGUGACACACUCUUCUUCGAGCUUCUCUUUUUAUUCUCACUUUGUCUCCCUUUUGCUCCCAGGUCCCUUUUUUGAUGCAGUGGGACAGGGCAGUGUUUCGAUGCAAGGCAUCGACUUUAAAAAAAUAGUUUUAUAAGCACAAACAGCAUUUACUAUAGAAAGGUAUAGAAAGGGACCUCUUUGUUCUUAAAGAAGCUUUUAAAAUUUUUUGUUUGGUCAGUUUUGCAAGAGACACCCUGUUUUACAUUACGGUGAAAAUUUUGCAAUUAUUCACAGAGAUUUCUAGCUUCAUCAGCAACAUUUUCCUUUAAAAAGCUGCCAACAGCACAGGGCAGCCUUUGCUUGUCCCACUGAGACAAGAUUUUUUGCCUUGAAAGCAAAAACACGCUCAGAGGAAGUUUCUUCUUUCUGCAGCUCAGAUGGAUACAUUAACUUCUUAACCCCAUGGAAAUGCUAAAAAUAGGGCUUGGUAGCAUUAAUGAACUGUGAUGGAUAAAUACUCAGAGUGGGACACAAUUAUCUCUGAUUUUUUUUUAGGGGAAAAAAAAAAAGGCCUACUAUUCCAAUACAGUUGCAUUCCUUAGAUUACUUCCUAACCUGUGAGGCAUUUAUUACAGCCUUGUAGUAAAAAAA